CGUGAUCACGCACCGCGGUGCGGGCGCGGGUCGGCGCGUUGCCGAGCCAGCGCCGACCUGAGAAAGCUUCAUUGCGCCGCGAGACGCCCGUCCGUUACGUACUACUGGUGGACCUGUCGCUCCACUUUUGCCAAAGAGGGCUCGGCGCUCCAUAUACGCUCUUUCUUUUUUUUUCCUGGGGCUUUUCGAGCGAAGUGUCCCGAUUGUUUUUUCUUUUUUUUUCCUUCUCUUUUUCGGGUCACCCUCGUUCGCGGUUCCUCGUCCUGCUCGCGCGGACAUGGACACGAAUCAACCUCUUUCGCCGCCGGCCUCGCCCCAGCUGAAGCACAUGGAACCGCUACAGUUGUCGUUCAGCGUCGCGGCCUUGCUGGGGGAGAAAUUAUCGGAUCAUCAGAAAUCCGGGCGGAAGGACGAGGGGGGUGCGGGUUCCCACCCCGCGUUGCCGCCCACCCCUCAACCCUCCGACUCUGAGGAGGACGAGCCGCCCCGAAAGCGGCGAUGUGUCGAGCAAUGCGAGUUGGCGAAGUUAUUGCUAGAUGGUACGCCACCGCCAAGCCCAGAGCCGGCCCGGGUUUCGGUAAUAAUGCGCGCCAAUCGGGACGGUACCUGCAGUCCGGCGAAUCUCGCGGGGAGUUUGACGACCAGUGGCCGAUCGGUAUCACGUGAUUCGGUCGCGCGACAGUUGCCCAGUCCGCGAGCGAACGCGCGAGCGAGCGCGACAGAGCCUGUGCAGGACGUGCUUCGCAGUUUAAAAUUCAAGAUGAGCUUGCGUAAGGAGGAGAUCAUCGUGAACAGUAAGAAUACUGAUCGUGAGAGCUAUCAGCAGCAGCAACAGCACCAACAACAGCAACAGCACCAACAGCACCAGCAACAGCACCAACAGCACCAGCAACAGCAGCAGCACUUGCCAAGAUUACAACCCCUGGCACCCAAACCCGCACCUAUCGUGGUAGCGGGUCUGUUGGGCUCUCCUCUAGUUUUACCACGGACACCUCUUCUGUUGGUCACCAGCGCGGCGCCAACCACGACCACCGCGACGACCACGACGAUGAGCACGAGCGCGGUGGAAACGCGCCGUCGCGUUUACGAGUGCGAGCAUCCAGGCUGUGGCAAGAACUACUUCAAGUCGUCUCACUUGAAGGCUCAUACGCGUACUCACACGGGCGAACGACCGUUCCCAUGUCCCUACGAGGAUUGCAGUCGUCGCUUCUCCCGCAGCGACGAGCUGUCACGGCACAAACGUACGCACACCGGCGAGAAGAAGUUUGCCUGUGCCGUUUGCCAAAGGCGAUUCAUGAGAAGCGACCAUUUGGCGAAGCAUGUGAAACGUCACGCCAGAGAUAAGGCCUCAUCAUUAUCAUCCUCUAACGGUCAGAUCUCCGCUUCUCAGGUGGCCUCGACGCCUCUAAGAGUGAGUCUACUACCGGUGCUGGCGCCACGAUUAACAUCACGAUCAGUUCAGCAAUUUGUAUCACCUCAGCUGGCAGCUUGAAGGAUGCACUCAUUGGACUAUUUGAAGUCAUUUGGAAAUUAUAUUCUAUGAUUUUUCAUGGUCUUUAUGCGUCUUCAGGAUCCUGGAUGGCUUCCAGUGUGGAAGAUGAAGACAAAGAAUUUCUUGGUGUUUAAGCACUAUAAUAAUAAUGAAGACUGGAAUGAUCCGCUGAAUUGUGGAUGAGUGUUGAAGACAAUAAUUAAAGCCUCCAAUGCGGAUGUUUUAAUUAGAGUACGAAAUUGUACUCAGGAUAUGAUAGAUGAAGACUAUGUUUUUUGCUGAUCAGAACUGAUAUCAAUUGGAAGCAUGAACAUAACUCAGGGAUUGAUCUAUUGGCAUAAUCUGGUUAAUUGGAAAGGUGUCUCUUAUGAAGAUGUUACAUAAUGAAGAAGAUUUCGACAUUUCAAGAUUACCAAACACAGAUGAAAUAAAUGUGAAAUAAAUAUCUGUUGAGCAGAAAUGAAGACCGAAGUGAGCCGUACUUAAAAGCAAAGGCACGAGACGGCGAUAGGUCAUUAUAUGCAGAAGACUUUGUUAUAAUUCGCAAACUGAGUACCUAUGUGUAUCUGUGAUCUGUGACGCGUAAAGACUAGUACCGUUUAGUUGAGAGAUUUACUAUCUCGAAAAUCACCCGUGGAUAGACAGGCUCAUAUUCGCAACAUAUAUUCGGCGUUAAAUGUGGCCAUACGUAUGCUCUUCAAAGUUGAAACAAUAUGAAAUGUGAUUGUCGUAUUAAAUAAAUUGAAUUCGGAUAUUAGGUAGUCACAUUUAAUGCUAAAUACAUGAGAUAUAAAAACGGAUGUUAAAUUUUCAAGGAUACCAUUUAAAAUUGCUUGAUUCUUCGCUGGUCGGAGAUUCUUUAUAGACAAUACAAAAGUCUAAGAGGCACAUUGUAAAUAUAUCGAAAAGACAUUUCGAAUAUAUUUUCUCGAAUAUUGCUUGAACCGUUUUUAGAUUUUUGUAUUGUUUAACUUACUAUCGAGAAUUAAACAGUACAAAAAUAGGGCUCUUUAGCAUCAAGUGCGUCGAUCGAGAGAUAGAAAGAAAAAAUUAUUUAUUUACGAAGAAACAAGACAUUUAUGUAUAUAACGAUUAUAUAUAGACUUUUAAAAUCGCCGACAACUAUUAUUAUAUGUAUAUAUUUUAAAUACAAAUAGCAUAAGAGCAGUGAAGCUGCAACAGCAAAAUCAGGAAGAUCAUUCAUUGAUGAAUUUGAUUAACUUUUAAAAAUUACGAGGAAUUGUUUUCUACCCUCUUGAACUAUUUGAAAUGUUUUUUUUCUCUUUCCAUAGUUUAUUUAAUGUUUUAUACCACUUCCACAAAAGAGUAUGAUUGUAUUGCAACUUGUAAAAUAUCUAGGUCCUAGGAUUGCGAAUGUAUAUAUGUAUAUGUAUCAUAUAGCCAGGUAAACUUUACUUGGCGAUAUAAGACUUGAGUGGAAAAAUCGUUAAAAAUUAUAAAGAUUUUUCUACAAUCAAAUAAAUUGUAUACUUUCAUAAAUCAUUACGA